AUGAUCGUCGUCGUGACGAAGGCCGACCUGGUGAAUGAGAGGAGCGAGCAGGCGAUGGACAAGGUGUUGUGCGACGUGCGGCGCUUCUGCCUUCAAUAUGGGGCCGCGCUCGUCUACACGACGACCAAGAAUCCGAAGAAUACGCAGCUGCUCGCCAAGUACAUCGUGCACCGUGCCUAUGGUCUUCCCUUCACCACUUCAGCCCAGAUGAUCGAUCGGGAUACAAUCUUCGUGCCGGCCGGCUGGGAUAGCGAAAAGAAGAUCGAGAUAGUUAGGUCGAACAUCACCGAGAUCGACGUGCUCGAGCCGAAUCGUGAGAAGGUGAACGUCGCCAAGGAGCCCGAGGUGAUCGCCGAGGACACGCAGGCGUUCCUCACACGAUUCGCCGACAUGUUGGCCAAGGACUCGGCGACGAAUGGGCAAAAGAACGUUGAUGAUGCCGGGACAACGGCUUCCGAUUCUCCGUUGGCCAGCUUCUUCUCAAAUCUGCUAAAGGACAAACCACAAUCAACGCGGACAGCCGCCCCCGUUUCCGAUGAACAGCAGCAGGCACAAAUCGAGAAGAUCUUCCAGAAAAGCGUAGAGCCGGACAGCGCGGCG